CUAUGUACUUAGCCACAGCACAGUUUACAACUCAGAAGAGAGUUGAAAUAUUGAAGUUUCUUUGUCAGGCCUUUUAUGUACAGGGUAUAUUAGUCUAAUAGGUGUCCCUUGGUAUCGUUUCAAACGAUUUCCAUAAUUGCGAGCGUAUUUUCUGUUAAUAGAAUUUGGUUUUUAAAAGUUUUAAAUAAUAAAUAUUGAAGACACUAAAUUUGCCGUUCUAUAGUAAUUCGCUAGUAGAAAAAACAACUCUUCGUCUUUGCGUAACAAUAUUAUACCUUCUAACCCAUGGGAAGGCUUUUUUUCUUAUAAGCUUCUUUUUGAUUCAGGCUCCUACCUCCUGUAGUGCUCGAAAGUAUUCACUGUACCACCCAAUGGGUGAUUAAAUUCCUCCUCCACACACACACACGCACGUGCGCACACGCACACUCAUUCAACUCAAAGUCGCCUCUCUCUUGCAAUGCAGAUUCUUCCACACUUUCUCCAAUUCAUAUGGCUUCCACAUAUAGUAUACAGCGGCCAGUAUUUAGUUUUACGUGGUUUCGGGUGUUUUGAUACUUCGUCUAGUUUGCCUCUGAAGGUUACUUCGUUGUUUUAGGCUGUGAAGUUUGUACUAUUGAUAUGACGCACGCCCACUCUCUUUAAGGGACGCGAAUAAAGGCUCUGUCACACCUAGCAUAAAGAGGUACGUAUUAAUAUCGUAUUUGACAUCGAUUAUACGCACAGAUUUAGCGUAUAAAAUCCCCCCGUUUCCAUCGUAUUUAAAUGAAGACAUGAACAGCGGAUGGAUUUGUACUGUAUUUGAACAUGCUCAAAACCUAUGUUGAAAAGACGCCCUCCGGGUAUACAAUCUAUUGUGUUUGCACGGUUAUUUGUCUAUGCAAUGUCCUCCAAACCUGUUAGUGAAUUUUUGUUGUGUCUGAGUGUUAAAGUUUACAGCACUAAUUUCACAGGCAGAUUUAUGGUGAUAAAAUCUAAGGAUUGAAAAAGGCACAUGAGGAUCAUUUUUUUUUUCAUUGUCAUAAUCCCUCUUCGACGUAUCACCACGCCAUGCGUUUGCGGUCACGAAAACUGGCAAUAGCAGUAAGCACCGUGGCCAUUAUGGUUUUCCUGGCUCUAAGCCUUCGGCGUGGAGCGGUUAGAACAUUUGGAGAAGAGUAUCCUUAUUCUUGGUUUUCCUCGUCACUUGAUCACGAUACACUGCUGGAAUAUGAAUCAAGACGCGACAUGAAAGUGAGCAUUACCCAGGAGGAUAUAUCCACCGCGGACCGCGCACGGCCUAAUAAAAUCUUCAUAAGUGACAUGCAGAGACGCCAGUACCAAGUCUUCAAGAAAUACCUCACCGGAUUCAAGCGCGCAAUUUUGGUGAAUGUGUUCGACACAAGUAACACCGGAGACCGUUUUAUCCUCUGGGGAGAGAGGACGAUCUUAUCCUGGUUUAACAUAACUACCAUUGACUACAUGUGUAUUAACCCUUCUAUGCCGCGCUGCGCCUUCAGCAAGGUAAAACGAGGCAAAGAUCUGGUCAUUCUGAUAGCUGGGGGAGGAUACCUUGGUUCUGGGAUAGAUUUGAAAUAUCUGAAAGAAGCAUUCCGAGCCUUUCCCAGUAAUCGGAUUCUCAUGUUUCCUGUGAGUUCAUGUGUUGUUGACCACAGUAGGUGUGGCAGUAUUCGGGAGUGGGCAAGACUCUUUGACGGACACGCGGACUCCGUGAUCACACUUCGGGAUAGUCCGUCUUUUUCCGUGACGAAACAAUAUUUUCGGAACACUGCCAUUGAACUUGUACCAGACGCCGCGUUCGCUGUCGGAUUCCAGGAUUUCGGCAGCUACAUUCCAUCGUACGACAUUGUCUGUUUGAAAAGAAGAGAUUGGGAAAUUCCUAGUAAAUUGAAAAAUGUUCCCGUGUUCCCUAGCAACACAUCAGUUCUGGUCGUUGAUUGGCCAGAGCGUGUUACCAGCGCUGUCAAUCAUACCUCGACCUAUUCUAUACAAUAUUUUCUUGAGGAUUCAUUGGACCAAGCAGUAAUGGGGCUGGCCUUGCUGUCACGUGGAAGAGUCGUGUUUACGGACCGCCUACAUGGGCACAUACUGAGUAUCCUGUUGAACAAACCGUCAGUGUUAAUGAACAGCAAAACGAACAAACAGGAAUUCUUUUUCCGAACCUGGCAAUCACCAUCGUUGCUAGAUACCGUUUAUCUUGCAAAUAACACCCAUGACGCGGUGGAGAAGGUCAUGUAUUUCCUGCGCAAACAUGUUUAGAUGCAGAUAUUCACAUGGACGUUAGCAGUGUUGUUAAAAUUUUGUUAGCUGCCUUAAUACUCUGAUAAGUUGCACUGAACGCUGUCUGAACAAUGUUACACUUUUUUUCCGUUAUGGAUUUGCACGUGCCUCGUGUGGGAUUUAUGUCGUAUUUCCUGAUUCAUUUUGAUUGACGUUUAUUGAACUAGACAGACCAGCAAAGCUUA